AUGUCUGAAAUUCAGGAACGCUACGUUUCGGCAAACCAGGCGCACCUAUUUGCAUCAUUUGAAGAUCUAACUGAUGAUGAGCGCAAAUGCCUUUUGUCCCAAUUGAAACAAAUCCCUGAUCCAUCAAAAUAUCUUCAGGAAGUUCAAGACGCAAUUAGAUAUAGCACGUCGGUUUCAAAAUCCAGGCGGUUUUCCCCUUUGCCAGCACAAGCAUGUGCCUCAACAUUAGACACCUCCUCCGAGACUUUGAGAGAGUGGAAUGAUGUGGGACUGGACCUUAUCGCUAAGGGAAAAGUAGGAGUUAUUCUAAUGGCCGGUGGACAAGGUAGUCGUCUUGGAUCGGCAGCUCCAAAAGGCUGCUACAAUGUGGGACUUCCGUCACAGAAAUCAUUAUUCCAACUUCAGGCCGAAAGAUUGAAAAAACUGCAACAACUGGCCAAUACAAAAAAAGUGAUUCCCCUGUAUAUCAUGACCUCCAAACCUACUAGGACAGCAACAGAGGACUUUUUCACCAAGAACAACUACUUUGGCCUGGAACCCUCGCAAGUCAUCUUUUUCGAUCAGGGAACGCUCCCGGCAGUUUCUCUGGAUGGUACCAAGCUGUUGUUGGAAUCGAAAAGUUCCUUAAUCGAAAGCCCGGAUGGGAACGGAGGACUUUAUAAAGCCAUCUACGACAAUGGGCUAUUGCAAGACUUUGCCGAGCGAGGAAUUGAGCACAUUCACAUGUACUGUGUCGACAAUGUAUUAGUCAAAGUUGGUGAUCCAAUAUUCAUCGGGUAUGCUUCUAGCAAAAAAUAUAAUAUUGCUACCAAGGUGGUCCGUAAAAGAAGCGCUGAUGAGAGUGUUGGCCUGAUUGUGAUGGAAGAAGAAACUAAACAUCCAGCUGUUAUUGAAUACUCGGAAGUCAGCCAGGAGCUAAGGGAAAAGCGAGACCCACAAGGGCUGCUCUUUUUCAGAGCAGCUAAUAUUGUGAACCACUAUUAUAAUGUCGCAUUCUUGCAGGAGAUGAUUCCGAAAUGGAUUUCUGACCGCAAGUUUUUGCCGUAUCACGUUGCCAGAAAGAAAAUAGCAUGUCUGGAUGUGGGAUCUGGAAAAAUUGUCGAGCCUAGCGAGCCGAACGGAAUAAAAUUAGAGCAGUUUAUUUUUGACGUAUUCUCCAGCGUCGAGAUGCAUAAAUUCGGCUGCCUAGAAGUGGAUAGAGCUGAAGAGUUUUCGCCACUGAAAAAUGCACCAGGGAGUGCCAAUGAUGGCCCCGAAACAUGCAAAGCCAAUCUACUCAGCAGAAGUGCACGCUGGCUUACAAAGGCGGGAGCUAUUUUGCUUGGCUCCGAAAUUGAGGUAAGCCCGCUGACGAGCUAUUCUGGGGAGGGACUGGAGAAAUAUUUGGGCUCGACGAUCGGCUCUCCCGCUGUCGUCUGA